UCAUUAACUACUUUUCAUCUCGUGAACCCUUCCUUUGUUUUUUUUUUUGAACAGCUUGUGAACUACCGACAGUUUUUCUUUUCUUCCCCGUAGGACUUGACAACCAUAAAGAACAACUGGAAACUUGACAAUUACAAUAUUCCGUUUAAACCAUGAGUGUUUACCAGAGACUAGCUUCUGGAGAUGAACAAAAUCUCGAGCAAGCUGAAGGAAUCUCAUUCAAACACUAUUCCACUGAUGAGGUGGAGGACAGCAUAAUCAUAAAUCCACUCGCUGGUAGAUUGGAAUUGAGUAAGAAUAGCGAGUUCAAGUCCAAGAGUACUGAAGAAUGGAUCAAUAUCUUCCCCAAUGCUGCAUAUUUCUCAAGCUACGAUGAUAGUCUCUUUGGACAUAUAGUCACAGCAGUAUAUGAAAAUCCCGUAUCAGAUAAAAUCUGUACGGUAUCCUUAACCAAAUUUGGGGUCACCGUUUACCACGAUUUAAUCUUGAACCAAGACUCCAGAUUCUAUCCCAGUAUUGAAAACUUGUUACCUAUCCAUAAAGAAUCCAAGGUUAGAAAAGCCUUAGCAGUAACUUUCUUGAAAAAUUACAAUAAGCUUGUGAAUCAUCCUGGGGAAUUUGAAAUAGAAAAGAGAUGGGAUGAGACUAAUGCUGGAGCAAUGGCAAGUAGACUGAGCCUUUUGGUAGAUAAGAGGCCGAAUGAGUUUGGUCUUAAGUUACUCCAAAUGGGGGUAAUUCAAAACCACACGUUGAAGUCUUUGGUUCUCGAUACUGUGUACAAUAACACCAAUAACGAUUCCAAAGUCAUUGAGAGUAAUAACAGAUUGGUGUGCCUACUAGGUGACCAAUUAGACCAGUUGUUUGAUCCUUUGUUGGAAUACUCACCAGAGACUCUUGAAACUUCCUAUAACGUCCCUAACACAUCUAACUACGAAAAGCCAAAGUUUAUUGACAACUUGAAGAUUGCCACAAUCACCGACGAAUUGUUGACUGUUCAAACCAAUUUUACCAUGGGUCUAGUAGGUCUUUUACAGAACUUCAUCAUCCCAUUGAGAGUUCAUGUGUUAGAGUCCAAGGAUGCUCAAGGCAUAGUCAAAAUCAAUCACAUAUUUCCCCCCACAAUCGAUGAAGUAACCAGAAUCAAUUGUGUACUUCAUGAUUCUUUGACUAGAGCCAAACCUUUUGGUUACGUGGAGGUGAUUAAGGUGUUUGGAAUGAUUUUGCCAUAUUUUUACAAACCGUUCAUCAGGCAUGAAGCCAACUUGAAAAGCUUCAAAUCAAGAUUCAACAAGUUUUACGGAAGAUAUGAAAAGCAGGUCUUUGCAGAUCCAAACAUAAACAAAAGUAAGUUUUCCAAGAACUAUAUUGACUCCGUGAUAACGGGUUCAUUGUUGGAAUUACCUAAGAUUAAGUUAAUCUUGAUGCGAUUAUACGAGGAGGUUUCCAGUGAGUUUUCAAAAUUGAAGAACUUUGAGCAGGAAGAAUUUGAGGAACCAUCAGUUUUAGAUUACUAUUACAAGAGUGCCGUUGACAUAAUUGAUGCGUUUGGUGGUGACGAAAGUCUAGCUAUUGAAAAGGACCAUGAAAGAUUCAAUUCUCAGCAUAGAAUAUUUACUCCUACUGGUAAAUUAUUGACCGAAUUAGCUACCAACUGGCCACCCGAGUUACAAUAUGGAUGGCUCUCAAGAAAGGUGAUUGGAAUUUUUGAAUUGAAGAAUGUCAAACCGAAUAACCAAAACAAUCAUGAUGAUGAAGUGUUGAUUAUAUUCAGCGACACCAUAAUGUUCUUGAGAAUAGUUGAUGAUAAUUAUUAUAUCAACAGCAAUGGUAAUUUGAACUUAAGAAUCUCUGAUGUCUUAAUGCACUCGUUGGUAAAUGAGAAGCCCUUACCAAAAUUGUCUCUGUUUCCAAGGAUGGAAGUCAGCCACUGGUGUUCCAUUACUGAUGUGAUUGUUACCACUUAUAAGUCCUUUUCGUUUUCAACUUCAAGUGAAGAAGAUUUUUUGAGGUUCUUUUCUUGUACUGGAAGGGGCUUCAAAGGUGAUAACAAACAAGAAAUGAAUAAAAACUACGAGAUCUUGCGUGAUAGCAAUAGCGGAAACUUCACGACUGGAAAUGAAGUCAUUGAGUUGAUAAAUAAGGCCAAAGUUCUUCACAAGAAUCAACCUUUCCAUUUAUUCAGGAGCAACAAGUCAGCUUUACAUCUCUAUUCGACUGCCCAUUCCGCCACGAAUUAUGAUAACGAAAACACCAAGUCCCAGAUAAUUUUAUUGUUGAACAUGCCACAGGAAAUGAUUCCUCACUAUUUCGAGAUGAAUCAACACUUGUUUCUUAUUUUGACUGCUUCUUACACUUACGAUGGAAGAGUUCAAUUGAUUGGGUUCAACCGUUCUAAAAGACCGGAAUUUGACGCUAUUGUUCCAGAAGAAGAUUUUCAAAAUACAUUAUUGGACACCUUGAAGAUGUACAUGAAUUGUUAUUUCAAUUCAUUUUCAUUAGUGACGGAGCAGAUGAUUAAGAGUUUGCAGUUGGACUUAGAAUACUACUUA